AUGGGGCGAGAUCGAUUCGCAAAGCAGUCCUUGGGCUAUCUAUACCCUAGGAUCAAACAGUCUCGCAUUCUGAUGGUCGGCGCUGGAGGAAUUGGCUGCGAGCUGCUGAAGAAUCUUGUUCUCACCGGCUUCGGUGAGAUCCACAUCGUUGAUCUGGACACCAUCGACCUCAGCAACCUCAACCGUCAAUUCCUCUUUCGUCAAGAGCAUAUCAAGAAGUCUAAGGCUUUGGUCGCAAAGGAGAGCGCCGCCAAGUUCAACCCUCACAUCAAGCUCGAGGCGCACCAUGCCAACAUCAAAGAUCCUCAAUUCAAUAUAGAAUGGUUUCAGAGCUUCGCACUUAUAUUCAAUGCCCUUGACAACCUCGAUGCGCGACGGCAUGUCAACAAGAUGUGCUUGGCUGCGGACGUUGCCUUGAUUGAGAGUGGUACGACGGGAUUCAAUGGGCAGGUUCAGCCCAUCAUCAAGGGCAAAACCGAAUGCUACGACUGUAGUACCAAAGAAGUGCCCAAGAGCUUCCCUGUCUGCACUAUCAGGAGUACUCCCAGUCAGCCGAUUCAUUGCAUAGUGUGGGCGAAGAGCUACCUAUUCACCGAAUUGUUUGGGACCAGCGAGGAGGAAACCCCCGAAUUCGAUCAUUCAGAGGACAGUGAGAACGCUAAGGAGAUAGAGAACCUUAGGCAAGAGUCGCAGGCGCUCAAUAGCAUACGGCAGUCGAUGGGUUCGGAUGACCUCGCUCGCAAAGUGUUCGAUAAGGUCUUUAAAGAUGACAUCAAUCGAUUACGGAGUAUGGAGGAUAUGUGGAAGACAAGGAAGCAGCCCAACGCUCUUGACUUUGAUGGGGUCUCAAAAGGGGCAUCUGGAACAAAACCAUCUGUUGCGCAACAUGACCAGAAGGCGUGGACGGUAGCCGAGAACUUCACUGUGUUCUGUGACAGUCUUCGCCGCCUGAGUACCCGACUGCAGACGUCUCAGGCUCGAUCUGAAGCCGACACUGCAGCUCCUGUGCUCAUGUUCGACAAAGAUGAUGAGGACACCCUCGACUUCGUCGCAGCUAGCGCCAACCUCCGCUCUAUCGUUUUCGGGAUUGAGUCAAAGUCCAAGUUUGAUAUCAAGCAAAUGGCGGGUAACAUCAUUCCCGCUAUUGCGACAACAAAUGCCAUUACCGCCAGCCUUUGCGUCAUGCAAGCUUUCAAGGUCAUGCGAGGAGAUCUAGACAAAGCUAAAAUGGUCUUCCUCGAGCGCUCGGCUGCCCGUGUCAUCAACAGCGAUACCUUGAAGCCACCAAACCCCAAUUGUAAUGUCUGCGGUGUGAUGUCGUCGACCCUGAUUCUCGACCCUGACCGAGCAACGCUCAAAGAUCUAGUUGAAGAUAUCCUGAAGACGCAACUGGGCUACGGAGAUGAAUUCAGCAUUAACAAUGAAGUCGGGACCCUGUACGAUCCAGACCUAGAUGACAAUCUGUCGAAGAAAUUCAGCGAUCUCGGAGUGAAAGCAGACAGCUUCUUGACCGUCAUUGACGAUGAUGAAGAUGAUCCUCGUGUCAACCUAUCGUUCGCUAUAUUGGAGAAGACCUUACCGGCAGACACCAAAGCCGUUCAGCUUCCCAAGAAACUCGACAUCGCCCGUAAACCCAAACAUGCACCAGCUCCUCUCACCAAUGGGGACACCAAUGGCCACGUGACAACCUCGCCUGUCGGUACGAAGCGAAAGCGAAGCUUAGAAGAACCUGAAAGUGGUCUACAGCAAGGCCAUAAGCGUGGCAAGAUCCAUAUGCCUUCCAAAGCCAUCGGCUUCCAGGACGAUGGUCUGGUUAUCGCUGAUGACUCAAACGAUGGAGCAAUCGUCAUCGACGAUUGA